GGAGGCGAAAAAAAGAGAAAUCCCCCAAAAACGUGUUUCGGAUAACCAUUUUCUUAGAAGAGAGUGUUUAUGGUUUGGACUGAAGAUAUCACCAUGUCUCGUGCCGACGAGGUCCACCGCGUUACGGAGAAUGUCUACAAGACCAUCAUGGAGCAGUUCAACCCCUGCUUGAGGAACUUUGUUGCCAUGGGGAAGAACUAUGAGAAAGCUCUCUCCACUGUGACAUUUGCAGCCAAGGGCUACUUCGACGCUCUGGUGAGGAUGGGCGAGCUGGCUAGUGAAAGCCAGGGAUCCAAAGACCUCGGGGACGUGCUCUUUCAGAUGGCCGAGGUCCACCGGCAGAUCCAAGUGCAGCUAGAAGAAAUGCUGAAGUGCUUCCACACUGAGCUGCUUUCAGAGCUGGAGAAAAAAGUGGAGCUGGAUGCCAGAUACCUGACUGCGGCUCUGAAGAAGUACCAGAUGGAGCACAAGAGCAAAGGCGAGAGCCUGGAAAAAUGUCAGGCUGAGCUGAAGAAACUGCGUAGGAAGAGCCAGGGCAGCAAGAACCCAUCCAAAUACAACGACAAGGAGCUGCAGUAUGUGGAGACCAUCAACACUAAGCAGAGCGAGCUGGACACCUUCAUCGCAGAGGGCUACAAAACGGCUCUGUCAGAGGAGCGCAGGAGAUACUGCUUCCUGGUGGACCGCCAGUGCGCUGUGGCCAAGAACAGCAGUGCUUAUCAUGGCAAGGGCAAGGAUCUGCUCACCCAGAAGAUCCCAGUGUGGCAGCAAUCCUGCUCCGAUCCCAACAAGCUCCCAGAGAGGGCCAUGCUGCUGGUGCAGCAGAUGAUGUCUGGCUCGAACCCCCUUCUCUCCAGCCCGCUGCAUUCCUCUAAGGGCAACCUGGUCAUCUCAGACCCGAUCCCUGGCGCUCAGCCCCUGCCUGUGCCCCCUGAGCUAGCGGCCCUCAUGGGCCACCCAGGAAGGCUGAUGGGUCCUGAUGGCAUGUCUCUGGUCAAUGGUACAACAGGAAUGCAAGGGGAGGAGUACUGGGCUGAAGGGGGCGUGUCCCAGGGAAGACCUGCCUCUCCACAGCCUCAGUCCCAGAGUCAGCCACAGAGGCAGGUCAGCGAGGUUUAUUCCAACACCCUGCCUGUCCGCAGACCCCAGCCCGCUAAGAGCAAGGCCACCGUGGGAGAGACAAGGACUCUCCCCAGGUCCAGCUCCAUGGCAGCAGGACUGGAGAAAAAUGGGCGCUCGCGUGUGCAGGCUAUCUUCUCUCAUGCUGCUGGUGACAACAGCACACUGCUCAGCUUUACCGAGGGUGACAUUAUCACGCUGCUGGUGCCCGAGGCUCGGGAUGGUUGGCAUUAUGGAGAGAACGAGAAGAACAAGAUGAGAGGCUGGUUCCCCUUUUCUUACACGCGAGUGUUACCUGAAAGUGACAGUGACAAGCUGCGAGUUAAUCUACAUCACGGGAAGAGCAGCAGCACGGGGAACCUUCUGGAGAGAGACGACACGUCUCUGCCCAUGCCUGACUACGGUCUGACCGCCCGUCUGCUGGCUCAGAGUCUCACACAGAAUCGCCCGCGUCCCUACAGCAUGGCUGGCUUCACACAGCCAGCAAUUGAGGAUUAUGACAGUCGUUUUGCCACAAGCCAAUCAGACAGGUCAUUGGUUGCCAGAAGGUGGUGUUUUCAUGGAGGCAAAAUGUUGGCACUGGAGUGACCGCUCCCUGGAGGUCUACCUCAGAUCAAGCCUGAUGGACGGCCACACAGCUCAACUCUUCUACUAACGCGGCCUGUUCGCAGGCCUGCUCUCUACCACCUGAGAUAAUACACGGAGCCACAUGCUUAAGACUCUAUAGGUCAACUGGGGAUAAAAGCCCUGGAUCCAUAACUCGGGGUACUAGGAAUUAAACAGGUGUUUCAUAUAGUUUCCUAAACAUUGCUGUAUAGUUCUGCACAAAUAUCAAGCUUCAGUCUGAGCUGCUCUGAAGACAAAUGAGCUGUGUCUGUGGGAAAGGUUUAUAGAUCAGUUCUCAUAUUGAUUCAGUCCCAUUAUGGUUAUAUACAAUCAUGUGUGUUUGGUUAAGGGUUUUGACACAAAAUUAAGAAAUGAUUCACAAAAAAGGCUAGUUACAUCAAAAGGCAAAUGGCUUCCCUUUGUAAAAAUGUCAUGAUUGAGUAUAGAUUAUUUUAGUUCUUUUUUUUUUCUUUCAUCCCUCAUUUAUGUGUUACUGGAGUAAGCCUUGUCUUUUAUCGUCUUUAGUCAGAGGUAAAAUUGGAGCUUUAGUUUAUAUUAGAUGUGGAAUAAAAAGUGAUCUUAUUUUCACUCUGUUCUUAAGGCUUUCCUCUGCCAUUGCUAUAGCUGCUGUAAAAAUGAGGCUUUAUUUCGGGGCCUCAGUGGUAAAGGCUUUGGGUUACUGAUCACUUUAAAUCCCAGCCAGCAUUACCAAAAAAAACCAAAAAAAACAUUGAGUAUGUCCCUGAACCCUCAGCUGAGCUGCAACUCGCUGUGAAUAGUGAAAUGUGUUCGCCAAAUGAAUCAAUGUAAAUGUACUCCGGCGCCUCUAUACUGUGGACACUUUAAUAAUGAAAGUGUCACUGCACUCGUCUUUAUUGCUUCUAUAUAAAGCUCUAGCAGUUUCUCUGUAUGUUUCCUGGCAGGGAAGCUUGUACAAUGUUUUUGUUUUGUUUUUUUCCCCACCAGGGGUUUGUGCCUUCUACAGCUUUAGGUGUUCUAGCUUUGAGAGAAAAAAAAAAAAGCCUAGAUGUUCAUAGGCAAAGGGGAAACUUCAGAUUAUUAUUAUUAUUAUUUUUUUUAUUUUUUUUUUUAAUUAUGUUUGCUUUUUAUUUUAUUUUCAUUUUGAAUUUUAUUAUAGACACCAUGAAAUGAAACUUUUGUGCUGUUGACUAACUGCGUAGAGAAAAAAAAACAAUAUAAACAAUACUGUUUGUUCUCUCACAUUAAUACUGCUUCUUAAAACAAAACAAAAAAUAGAUUUGUGGGCUUAUGAGCACGUGUACAAGUGCUUAAAAUGUACAAUUAGUGUAAAUAGAACGUUUUCUCGAUUUGCUUGAGAAGUACAUCACCAAGUUCACCAAGCGUUUCAUCUUGGGCGUCUUCAUCUUGAUCCGUGGAUGGGAUGCCGGUUUAUCACAGAAAACACACACACACACACACACACAUUCACACCUAGGGACACUUUUGAGUCUACAGUCACCUUCCACCAUUUUGUUUUUGGGGGGUGGGAUGAGGGGAAACUGUAGAAUAAGGAGGAAACCCCACACCAACACUGGUUGCACAAAAAGUGUAAUGCACACGCAGUAACCUGUGCUCAGGAUUGAACUGGGAACCCUUGGUUGCACUGCAUCGUGUGACCCAUGUGUUGAAAUGUUAAUAAUAAAUAAAUCCACUUAUCUGCAGAUCUUGCAUCACUCUUCUGCUUAUUAAAAAAUUUUCUUAAUCCUGGAGCUCAGAACUCCAGCAGAUAUGAACUUUUAAGAUUUAAAUGUUUUUGUUUUUUUUUUCGUGACAUUUUCUCUAACACACAGGGCAUUACGUGUUCUGUGCUGAAAACAUGUACAAUCCUAUUAUAGAAGAAUUGCUACGGUUGACUUAGCUUAAAAUACGCCUGAAAAUGUUUUGCUUUCACGUUUCAUGAUCUCAUUUUUCUUUUUCCUUAACACCUUGAUAUUGUUUAGCUAUAGGUGUCUAUUUUUUAUUUUUAUUUUUUGAAAACUAGUUCUAAAUCCUACUUAAUCUUGAAAGCUUAUGUGUACUUGCAGUAGCAUAUCCUGGGAUUAAUUGAGUGCACUGGUAAGACUGGAAACUGGAUCACUGGAUGUCUUAUUGGAAUCGCACCGCAUUCGGAGAAUGAAUGCAUGUUUUUGAAAAACAGUCUUUGAUUUUUUUUUUUUUUAUUUCCAAA